CAUAAGUAUUCACCAACCAAAUCCCCUGUUUCCUUCCCAAUGCCAAUUCCCAUCUCUCUCAGAUCCUUUUCCCAUCUGAUAUUCUUUUUUCUUUGUCCUGGUCUAUUAUUUCUCUCUACCGCCUCUUAUGAACAAUACAUCACUUCGAUUCUUGGAGUGGGACAUGUAUCCGAUAAUCUUACCCACAUACCAGCAUACCAACCUACCUACUUUUUUUUUUUUAUGUACAUCAUGAAAAUCAAACCAAACUGUACACAGCUGCGGGAAUUUGGGAUCCCCGUCUUGAGUGCGUUUGAUACUCCCUACACCCUAUACCCUCCUUAACAAAGAAUAUUACGUCGCAUUUCAAUAUCUGACUGUACGCGUCUGUACUUUCCUAUUCCUGCUGUUGCAAUCCGUCUGCCAUCCCAGCGGAUAUCACAGCCUUCAGCUAGCCACCCAGUCGGUAAAAAAGCACGAUUACCUUAGUUCUCCUAUGUCUUGCCUACGGCACAAUAUAGUGAAUCCGCACUGCUGGCAAUGGC